AUGGGCGUCGCAGUCCGGCCGUUCAAGGUGCCCGUCCGCAGGAGGACGCCGGCCUUUGUCCUCAUCACCUGCUUCUUCUUGCUGCUGCUCUGUCUCGGCGUGUUUGAACGCUCGGAAUCUCGCCUGCAGUACGCCCUGCCCCUGGGGUUAGAGGCCGCGCUGCCCAAGAAGCUGCGCGUCCCCAAGCCGUGCCGAUCCGAUCUCGACUAUCUGAGGCGCAGCAGCUACAACCUCACCCAGCAAAUCGUCUACCAAAGGCGGUGCAUGCGCGGCCUGCGCAGCGCCGCAACCUCGAGGGACGUCGUCGCCAGCCAUGCCCAGCCGCUGAUUCAACCCGACAGCAGUCGCGUCGUGGAAUUGAACCACGGCUGCCACGGCGCCGCACCAGUCGACGAGGCCUGCGACCCGAUUUCCGUCCAGGUGCCGCCGCCGUUUCCGCAGCGCGACUAUUCCGAGUUCCUCUUCGGCGUGGCGUCGUCCUCGGAGCGGCUCGUCCAGUCCAUCCCCCAGUUCCGACACUGGCUGGGCGGCACCGAGGCGCGGCUGCUCGCCGUCGUGACGGACGCACACUUCUCACCGAGGCAGAUGAGCAGGCUGGCGGCGCAGUACGAGCGGGCGGGCAUCCAUUUCAUCGGCACGCGGCCGGCCGACCCGUCCGUCGGCGUCAACGAGCAGCACUUUGUCGCCGUGCGCCACCUCCUCGCGCACGCGGACGCCGGCACGCAAUGGGGCGUCAUCAUCGACGACGACACCUUCUUCCCGUCGCUGUACCCGGUGGCGGGGGUGCUCGACGGGCUCGACGCCUCGGUGCCGGCGUACGUCGGGGGCCUCUCGGAGAACAGCGACGCCGUCAGCUUCCACGGGCGCAUGGCGUACGGCGGCGGCGGCAUCUUCCUGUCGGUGCCGCUGCUGCGGCUGCUCGAGCCCAACGUCGACGCGUGCCUGGCCGAGAGCACGAUCCGCGAGGGCGACGGCAUGCUGCGGUACUGCGUCGAGGCCAAGACGGCCACCAACUUCACGCAGGUGCCGGGCCUGCACCAGCUCGACUUUGGCGACGACCUGAGCGGCUUCUACGAGUCGGGCCGCCUGCCGCUCAGCCUGCACCACUGGAAGACGUGGCACCGCGCGCCCGUCGACAAGAUCGCCAAGGCUGCCGUCUUCUGCGGGAGCUGCGUGCUGCAGCGGUGGCGCUUCGGGCCCGACACGGUCCUGGCCAACGGCUUCAGCAUCGCCGUCUACAGGGGCGGCGCCGAGGACCUGCGCCUGCACCGCACCGAGGACACGUGGGACGCCGACCCGGCCGGCUGGGAAUGGAGCCUGGGUCCCAUGCGGGAAAAGGUGCCUGACGACGAGAAGAAGAGCUAUCGCCUGCUCGAUGCAGAGGUGGUUGGCAAUAAUCUGCGCCAGGUAUAUGUCCAUCGAGCUGGGGAUGCGGCGGGUGCUUCUGACGGCGUACACGGGCCCAGGGACGAGGUCGUGGAGCUGUGGUGGGAUUGGAAAUGA